GUGGUGGUUGGAAGGACGGGCGGGUUCAGGGUGGAUUUGGCGAGGUGGGGAUGGUUCCCUGCACCUGGUACGGUCGAAAUUGGAGUUCAACUUGCAUCGGAUGGCGCCCCUGGUACGACGGAUGGUGCCGGCGUGGACGAGACAUGAUUGAGUUACUGAGUCAUGAGCGUGUGAUCGUGCUUCCACGUGUUCCUCCCAUCCGCCGUAUGUGCGCUUUGCGGCCUUCAUCUCUGUAUAGUUGUCACCUUAGUUGUUCGACUUGAAGAAAUGCCCUGGGAUCCCAUUCGUCUAAAUUCUGGAUACUACAUCCCUGGUAUCGCGUUUGGGACGUGGACACUGGGCAACGGUCAAGCUACUAUCGACCAGGUCGACCAAGCGCUGGAGACAGGGUUCAACCACAUUGACACUGCUCAAUCCUAUCGAAACGAAUUCGAGACGGGUACUGCACUACACGAGAGUGGACUCUCGCGAUCGGACGUGUUCGUCACCACCAAAUUCUCAGGUACCAACGGACUAGAUAUCGCCACCUCCAUCCAGAACAGCUUAUCGAAUCUUGGUGUGGACUACGUAGACCUAUACCUCAUCCACCAUCCUCGUCUUGCCAUUCCGGAUAUUCCAACAGCAUGGGCGCAGAUGGAGAAAGUCCGUGAAGCGGGAUUGGCCAAGAGCAUCGGCGUGAGCAAUUUCGAUGCCAAGGAUCUCGCUGUGUUGCUCGCAUCCGCAAAGGUCAAGCCUGCAGUAAAUCAGAUCUUGCUUCACCCAUACGUAUACCAUCGCCAGCGUCCUGUUCUUGAAUAUGCCGCUGCGAACGGAAUCGUCAUUGAAGCAUACAGCACGCUUAUCCCGAUUACGAAGAUGCCAGGUGGACCGCUGGAUCAACCUCUAAACGAGAUCGCUACGAAACUUGGUGCGACGACGGACCAAGUCUUAUUCGCAUGGGUCAAAGCAAAAGGCGCUGUAGUUGUCACCACGAGCUCCAAGAAGUUAAGAUUGGAAGGUUAUCUUGCUGCGGGGGACAUCGUUCUUUCAGCGGAGGAUGUUGCCGCCAUCGAUGCUGCUGGGGAAUUGGGUGAGAAUAGAAUGUCUAUGGAACAGAAAUGGAUUGGCGCUGCUCUACUUGGGGUCGGUGUAUUAGCAGGCCUGUGUAGAUACCUCGACGUGUUGUAAGUUCUCAAGCCAUGUAAUAGCAGUAUAUCCUGCUCGGAAAUAUCUGUCAGUGCUGCCAGCAAACACGAGGCGGUGCUCCAGCGAUGUGGCCCCGC